CCACCAGUAGCUGCAGGACGAAGACAAACUGAGUGACUUUACUGAACAAUGACUGACUGUUUGCAACGCUGCCAUGCAUCCACACAACCGCAGUGAGCGCUUACCGCUGUCUUCUUGCACGAUGACGCUGUUGAAUUUGAAGAAGUCCAGGUUUGCCGUGUGGUGUCUCCGACUUCUUCUUCUUCUUCUUCUCCCCCCUCCUCCGCCGGUGGACCAGUGGACGUUCGCCCUUCCUGUCAGUGCCAUCGAUAUUGAAGUGAUCUUCGUCUCCUUCGUGAGGUCGAAGGAGACGUGUCCCGUGAUCAGGUCGCCACUGGAGAAACUAGGAUUCUCAUUCAAGACGUCGAAAUUGAUUUUGAAGUUUUUUAUCGUCUGCUGGAACAUUUUUGAAACACGAGUUUAAAAAAAGAAAAGCAGUCUGAAGAUAAAAACAAGUCUAAAUAGUUCACCUACAGUCAACAGAUCGAUUGUUAUGUGCACGCAAUCACCAAUAAAGUAUUGCAUUGGUAAAAAACCUUAAACAGUUUACAACAACAAAACAUUGGACUGAACAGAUUGCGCAGGCGCACAACAUACUGGAGGACCAGCCCUGACUUUGGGCGGAGCCAGGGUCCCAUGUGUCCAGGAUCAGCGGGACGAAGGGCUGAAGAACGUGGGAAGAAGUUAGCUCUGUACGUGUACGAGUACCUGCUGCAUGUAGGAGCGCAGAAGUCUGCACAGACCUUUCUCUCAGAGAUCCGAUGGGAGAAGAACAUCACAUUAGGAGAACCUCCGGGGUUCCUCCACUCAUGGUGGUGUGUCUUCUGGGACCUGUACUGUGCGGCUCCAGAGAGAAGAGAGACAUGUGAACACUCCAGCGAGGCCAAGGCCUUCCAUGACUAUAGUGCUGCAGCAGCUCCCAGCCCCGUGCUUGGGAACCUUCCCCCGGGAGAGGGCAUGCCAGUGGGGCCAGUCCCUCCAGGAUUCUUUCAGCCGUUUAUGUCACCUCGAUACCCUGGAGGACCCAGACCACCUCUCAGAUUACCCAACCAGGGACUUGGAGUCCCAGGUAGCCAGCCUAUGUUACCCAGUGGUAUGGACCCCACAAGACAUCAAGGACAUCCAAAUAUGGGGGGACCAAUGCAGCGGAUGAUUCCACCCAGAGGCAUGGUACCGCUAGGGCCCCAGGGUUAUGGAGGUGGGAUGAGACCACCACUAAAUGCCCUGGUUGGUCCCGGGAUGCCUGGUAUGAACAUGGGACCUGGUGGGGGUAGACCCUGGCCAAAUCCUCCAAACUCCAAUUCGACCCCGUACUCUUCUGCAUCUCCAGGAAGUUAUGUGGGACCUCCAGGAGGAGGAGGGCCACCUGGGACCCCAAUAAUGCCAAGUCCAGCAGAUUCAACCAACUCUGGCGACAACAUGUACACAAUGAUAAACACAAUCCCUCCAGGUGGAAGCCGACCAAAUUUCCCUAUGGGUUCAGGUGGUGACGGUCCAUUAGGGGGAAUGGCUGGAAUGGAGCCCCAUCACAUGAAUGGAUCAUUAGGGUCAGGUGAUAUGGACAGUCUCCCCAAGAACUCUCCUGGUAACCUAAGUAUGAGUAACCAGCCCGGGACCCCCAGGGAGGAUGGAGAGAUGGGAGGAAACUUCCUUAACCCUUUUCAGAAUGAAAGUUAUUCUCCGAACAUGACGAUGAGCGUGUGAAGGCUCUGGAAGCAGGUUUGGUUCAGUCGCCCCGUAACCUGGAUCAGUAAAGAGCAGAGAGACAGACGGGAUGUGAUGUCAUCUAGGCCAGUGACUCUUCCUCCACCACCAACACCACCUGCCUAGUUAGGACAUUUGCCCUAGGCCCUGUCCUCUUACUAUCCCCCCAACCCCACCCCUCCAUUGUUUCUGCCCACGUCUCUUCUCUCCUAUCUCUUCUCCCGUUCAAAGUGUUGACUCUGCUACAUUCAUCAGUUCUUCCUCUGCAACUAUGAGACUGUACAAAGCAACCAAAUUGAAACAACCUGGAGGAGAACUCUUUGUAUAUUUGCAAACAGUGUGUAUGGGACUGUGCACCCGCUCCAGUCACAGACAGUGUGUCUGCCUUUU